GUCGUGCCACACCCAAUGUCACCUGCAGCCCCACCGCGGUCGAGCCCGGCAGAGGACUACAGAGGACUACAACUCCCAGCGUGCCGCUCGGCGGCACGACUACAACUCCUAGCGUGCUCCGUGGCGGGGGAACUACAACUCCCGGCGUGCUCUGUGGCGGGGACUGCCGCUCUCCGGUGUGGCGGAGCCCUCAGCCCUGGCCGAGCGGGCCCCGCCGAGCGCGGGCCGCAGCCCGCCGCGCCACCCGCCGCGGGCCCUGCCCAGGAGAUCCCAUCUCCCAAGUCCUUCCAGCCUGAUGGAGCCAGCGAAGAAGCCCUGCGGUGUGAAAUCAAAGAGCUGAAACAGAAAGACCUCGCUCUAGACCAGGAAAUUGCACAAUUAUUGUCAGAGGGCUACAGCCUGGAGGAACUGGACAAGCACAUCUCUCUGCUCCAUGAGUACAAUGAAAUUAAAGAUGCUGGGCAGAUGCUCCUGGGCAAGCUAGCUGUUAUCCGAGGGGUCACUACAAAACAGCUCUAUCCUGAGUAUGACCUGGAGCUCAGUGACUAGUCCUGAACCUGGAGACUGCCAUGUCCUGCCAAAGUGACUGUCACUGGGCCAUUACACACUGGUGUCAUCCUGGUUUGGGAGAGACAGAAGGUGGAAAAGGAACCUUUGGAAAAGGGAUUAGGAUUUUAGCUAAUUUCAUGUACUACCUGAUCAACAGGAUUUUUUUUGAGAGGUUGUAGUUCAGGUUGAUGUUGAACCUCUCCCAUGGAGCCUUUGAUUCCCUGCAGUAUCCAGGGGCUGUUUGGUUACUGAAUGGAUAGAGGAAGUGAGGACAGACACAUGUGCAAUGUAAUAGCUGCUUUGAAAGGAAAACCCUUAGAAGAAAGGAGGGAAGAAGGCAGAAAUUGUGGUGGUUUGGGGGUUUAUUUUGUUUUAUCAACAAGUCCAGAGAAGUCUGGGUAUUCUGCGUUUUUGUACUUACCUGCUCUGGUAUCUGGAGGUUUUGUAUCAUUUCUGUAGUAAAUGGCAAAAUGUAAAGUUGUGUUGAACUGUUCAUUCUGAAUAAAGCAGCCUUCACAUCUGUCAGUAAA